GAGUCUGGGCGGCUCGGCCGGUGUUGACGUGCCCGGCUCGCUCCAGCGGGGUCCUCGGGUGUCGGCGAUGAGUGUGGGGCCAGCGUCCGGUUUUCCGUGCUGAGAUGGUCGGAGAGUCCGUCUACCGCCGCGGAGCCAGAAGAUGGAGAAAGCUGCACCGCGCCAACGGCCACCUCUUCCAGGCCAAGCGCUUUAACAGGAGAGCGUACUGCGGCCGGUGCAGCGAGAGGAUAUGGGGCCUCGCGGGGCAGGGCUACAGAUGCAUCAACUGCAAGCUGCUGGUCCAUAAACGCUGCCACGUGCUCGUCCCGCUGACCUGCAAAAGGCAUAUGGAUUCUGUCAUGCCUUCCCAAGAACCUGCAGUAGACGACAAGGACAACGUGGACCUUCCUUCUGAGAACACCGAUGGAAUUGCUUAUAUUUCUUCAAGCCGGAAACAUGACAACAUUAAAGAUGAUUCUGAGGACCUCAAGCCGGUUAUCGACGGGAUGGAUGGAAUCAAGAUAUCUCAGGGGCUCGGGCUGCAGGACUUUGACCUGAUUCGGGUCAUUGGGCGCGGGAGCUACGCCAAGGUGCUCCUGGUGCGGCUGAAGAAGAACGACCAGAUGUACGCCAUGAAGGUGGUGAAGAAGGAGCUGGUCCAUGACGACGAGGAUAUUGACUGGGUGCAGACAGAGAAGCAUGUGUUUGAGCAGGCAUCCAGCAACCCUUUCCUGGUCGGCUUACAUUCCUGCUUCCAGACAACAAGUCGGCUGUUCCUGGUCAUAGAGUAUGUCAACGGCGGGGACCUCAUGUUCCACAUGCAGAGACAGAGGAAGCUUCCAGAGGACCAUGCCAGAUUCUACGCUGCUGAGAUCUGCAUCGCACUCAACUUCUUACACGAGAGAGGGAUCAUCUACCGGGACCUGAAGCUGGACAACGUCCUCCUCGACGCGGACGGCCACAUCAAGUUAACGGACUACGGCAUGUGCAAGGAAGGCCUGGGCCCUGGCGACACCACCAGCACGUUCUGCGGGACCCCGAAUUACAUCGCCCCGGAGAUCCUGCGGGGAGAGGAGUACGGGUUCAGCGUGGAUUGGUGGGCACUGGGCGUCCUGAUGUUUGAGAUGAUGGCCGGGCGCUCCCCCUUUGACAUCAUCACCGACAACCCCGACAUGAACACAGAGGACUACCUUUUUCAAGUAAUCCUGGAGAAACCCAUCCGGAUCCCCCGAUUCCUCUCGGUGAAAGCCUCCCACGUCUUGAAAGGAUUUUUAAACAAGGACCCCAAAGAGAGGCUCGGCUGCCGGCCACAGACUGGAUUUUCCGAUAUCAAGUCUCAUGCAUUCUUUCGCAGCAUCGACUGGGACCUGUUGGAGAAGAAGCAGGCCCUCCCGCCGUUCCAGCCCCAGAUAACCGACGAGUACGGUCUGGACAACUUUGACACCCAGUUCACCAGCGAGCCCGUGCAACUGACCCCUGACGACGAGGACGUCAUAAAGAGGAUCGACCAGUCGGAGUUUGAAGGUUUUGAGUACAUCAACCCGUUACUGCUGUCCACCGAGGAGUCCGUGUGAGGCCGUCUUCUGUGUCAUGGACACGUCUGUGAAUGACCCCUUCACUCUAUCCUUAACCACAGCGCAUGCAUGCCAGGCUGGGCGCGGGGCUCCGGGCGCGGCCAGGGAGGGACGCUUGCCGCUGAGACCGCGGACGGGGGCGUCCCGCCGGCGCUUCUCGGGGCGGACCGGUCUCGCGUCUGGGCCCGCGCGGCCGGCUUCGUGCUGGAGGAACCUGCUUCUUGUGCCUGCGCCGCGGAGGAGCCGCGGUGACCGUGUCCGAGGGACAAACUGCCCCACGAUUUCGAAGGUGCACACUUUCCACAGAAACAGAACUGACCUGCUCCGCCAGGAGAGUUAGCCUGUAACGUCCUGAGGAAUAAAAUGUGCCCAUGAUGUCGAA